AUGAGCAGCCACGAGGGGGGAAUCCCUGCGAUACUAAUCAAUACGGGCAGAACUAUGCCAUGGAACGGUCCCUCUCCUGUCACGUCUACCGUCUGGCUCCGUCCCAACCUCGAACGGCGCCAACGCCAACGCCGCUCAUGGACGUGCCGUCGUCCGUCACCCGUCACAAGCCUCCCUAUUCCAUCCCAGCCUACUAGGUGUUGUCUUCAAAUGCUCAGUCCGUACAGCGUCACUGUAGUAGUGUCUGACCGUGCUGGGACAACGUUUGGCAGCUCGACCCCGCCCUACCAUCGCUGUCUAUCCCCAGUCUCUCAGGUGCUGACCUUGCACUAA